CAAUAGAGACGCGAUAACGCGAUUAACGCCUUUUUCAGAGCCUAUCCAUACUCAUGGCUCUAUGUACUAGUCUUCACUUGCUCUGCCCGUCCAUUUUAUCGCCUCCUCAGAAGAUUGGAGUUAAAGCAGAAAAUCAAUGGCGUCUGUGUAGUUCUGUGAGAGCACAGGAAUCAUCUAGUAAUAGUAGCAGCAGACGAGUAUGGAGGCGAAGAAAGCUGACAAAAAAGGAUGACAAGCUGCGGUAUAAAAUUGAGAGAAUACCUUUUCUAGAAGAGCAGGUUAGGAAGAUUAAGCAAACAGGAAACCUCUUGACUAUGGACAUAGAGACCCUAUUACUAUCAGAAGAGAACCGGUUUGAUUUUGUAAACGAGGUGGCAGCAGAGGCCAAAGAGUAUGUUGAGAACAACAGGGAUGAAUAUGGAGGAAAGAAAGCCAUCUUGCAUGUGCUCAGUAAUCGGAUGAAUGAUGCCGGGUUCUAUCGUCCAGAGGCAUACAUGGAAACGGAUCCUUUCAAGCCUGGGCCCACUUACCUCAAAGAAGAACAAACGUAAGUUUGUAGAAGCAAUACACUUUAAAGAGAAUAGUCUCUAAAAAUACUGGGAAAUUUCAGAAUUGUAAAGCUCAAUGCUCAUAUUUGGCAUUUUCCUUGAUAUUUUAUCUAGUUAUUUAAGCAAAUCCUUUCUCUUUUUUUAA